AUGUCGAAACGAUCGCGCGACAUAGCGCAGGACGACCGGCCUCCCAAGAGACCCAAACCGGAGCACAGGAAUGAAGACCGAUCGCAACUCGAGGAUAUCCAUUCGGCGCGGCAACUGCAACAACUUCUAACCUUCCGCCAAGAUGGCAUUCAGCAGUUACGACAUGGCAUAGCCUGCUUCAAGGCCUUUCUGGACAAGAUUCUAUACCAGGACAACGAAGAUGAGACCGCAAGACAACUGUCGAUACUGCGCGAAUUUUUGGAGAGCGCAAAGCCCGCCGAUGCCAAUGAUCUCGAACAGCCCUUUCUCGCGCAGCUCUGGCAAGCAUGGUCCUUUGCGAACGAGAACCACAUCGACCCUCUUGCAUCGUCCGUGAGUGCCAUCAUAGCGCUGCUCCUUAAGACUUUGUCUGGCAAUAUCGACCUCCGCGAGUAUGGGUACCUGCUUUGCCGGACCGUGUUGCAGUAUCAGCAUUUGCGGCUCAUCAAGCGCAAUCUCGAGGCUCCAAAGCAUAAGGAGAAUGUCAUGUCUCCAUGCUUGAGGCUGCUGAUUGAGGCCGCGAGCUUUGAUGGUGGAGUCCUGGCCAAGGAGGUCUACAAGAAACGGGAGCUGACGUUCGAUGCUGGCACGAUACGGAGGAAUCUGGGCCUCAUCAGGACUGACAUUCCCGAGGCGGAACUUCACAGACGGUUCUCCAUCCGAACGUGGACGGUUCGUUACAUCUUGACACUUCUGAAGCACGUGCACGAAGGGGGAAAGGUCGACAUUCUGUCUAGCAGACCAAUCUGCACGGGACUGUUCCAUCAUCUCCGCGUCGAUCCGCCUGCUUUGGUGGAGGAGCUGCUGGACACUGUCGCGAAAAGUGUUCUCAACGAUGCAGAUUUGCCUCGAUCAGCGAAAGCCGCCCUGUUGAUCCAGCAAAAUCUCGAGCGUGUAACUGAAGUUGCAACUCGAUCGCGAGCAGGCAACGCAUCCGCUGAGAAAGCGUUCAAUUGGCUGAAGAGCGUAUGCUCUAAUCCAUCACUUGGCCUGCUCCGGACUAGCGGCUGGUACCCUCCAGGCACCACAAAUGAAAGUAAUGUGGCUGAUGGAGAUGGUACCAUUGAUCUUGGACUGGACAGUAUCGAGUUCUAUGACCGGGACACCCGGCCAGACAUCAGGAACACUAACCUGUUGCCAUGGCUAUGCACCCUUCGACCGCACACGAACCUGCAAGAACAAGAGCUCAUUCUGCUCUGCUUCCGCUCGGCCCCCGAACUCGUGGCUGCAUACUUUGCGGAGAGUAAUAUGCAGUUCGAGCCCAAGUUGUCCAAUACAUGGAUUGGUUACGCCUCGUUUCUCUUCGAGGUUGUGCAACUGCCUUUGCCUGACCUCUUGGGCAACGAGAACGAAUGGGCCGAGUUGCCACCGCAGACUACCAUCAUGAUCGAAAACAUACUUCCGCGUCCGUUGACGCAGAAAGCGCUCACUCGAUGUUUGAAUCAAAGCAGCGAGCUUGUGACGUUUUUUGCUGUACGACUGCUUGUCAUCGCCUUUGAUAAGAUGUCGAGGAUCCGAGAGCAGCUGGCUAUUGGCGCCGAGAAGUCGCCCGGACGUUCCGACCUCUGGCAUGCUGCGUUGGAAAGACUACUGGUCGCGUUCGCUGGUCGCUGUCCUAAUAUGAAGGAUGUGGUGUCCACAUCCCGCAAGCUCGCGGAUGAUGAUGAGCAUGUUCUCCAGCGGGAAGCCAUCACCAGGCUCCUUCGACUCUACUACGAAGUCACUCCCCUCGAAGCAUUUGACGCCCAAUUCGACAUAUCUGCUUCUCUCACCGCAGCCUUGCUACGAACAGAAUCGGCAGACCAAGGCGAAUUUGCAGGGAUCCGGGCCCUGGAACUUGAGCAUUUGCUCAAGAUUGCUCGAUUCAAUAUCGGAGUUCGCUGGCUGAGCAAGCAGGGUGGGCUGAUGUACUCGCCAAUCAUCACCCUUCUCAAAUUGCACAGGCAGGACUUGCAGAAUCAGACAAUCAGGGGAUUGAUCUGCUAUGUGUUGAUUGAGAACAGCAUCAUCAGCAGUACCGCUGUGUGUGAUGCCCUUAUUGCUUCUCUGAUCCGACUCGAUGAUCCGACGUUCGCUCAUGUUGGCGCCUUUCUCGACGACUGCUUUACGCGGGCGAGCCGGAAACCGAUCAAAUAUGUCGAUGAUAUCGAAGCGAUCGUUCCAUCUCAUGGCGAAGAAAGGGCAUCUCCGCCGAGUGUCUUGAUUGCGGUGCUGUUGGAGCAAGCCGCGUUCGUGCUGGCCAGGCCGACGCCUGAGCGAGAUGUCUCGGCUUCCUGGAUUGCUACAUUCUCGGAGCUCGUGGCUGCUGUCGAAAGCAACACUGCUGUGCAUACGCUCGUCGACAAGCUGAAAGAACAGCUCGGUAUUUCGAGCACGCGUUCCGCUAAAGGUCGUUUGGACUACUCCACGUUGAUCAAAACAGUCACUCUCCAAGAGACUCUCGUUGAAGAAACCAAUGGAUUCGACUCGGAUGAUUCGGUCAUUAUUCCUUUCAAGCCACCGCCUGAAGAGCGUGAAGAUCACCCGGAACUCCUCAAAUGGGCGAAGAAAGAGCUCGACAUCGCACUCGAAGAUGGCGCCGUCGAUGCCUUGAUCCUCUGUCUCUGCUCUCAAUACCCCGAAGUCCGCACUCAGGCUCUAACGCAGCUCUACAAACUGCAGGAGAGUCUGCACAAUUCCAGUCUAGAAGACAAAGAUGCGGUGGCUGUGCUGCUAGGCGAGCUCCUCGAGACGUACGAAUUCCAUUGCGUGCCGAAACGCGAGGCUCUGCCUUACCUCGCGGGGACGUUUGCGACACGUGCGCUUCGCGUGCAGAUGCAGCCGAUGCAUGUCAUGUACCCGAAGAUGAACAAAUAUCUGAACAAGGGGCCCGAAUGGCGCAUACAGAAGAUGCCAAACUACUGGCUCGACAACACCGUGCUUUCUACGCCGGAAAUGGACGACGAGUAUUGGGAGGAGGCACAGUGGGUCCUUGGUUGGUUGAUCGACGGGUUGAGAACACCGGCAGAUCACGAAAUCUUGAGACGUGCGGCGGUGUUUGAGAAAGUCAUGAGUUUCGAUGGGUCCCCCGGAGCUGCUGGGCGCAAGGACGUAAGGCACGCUAUACUGGAACUCCUGUGGCGAGCGACCUUUGUUGAGGGAGGUAGUACGACACUCAUCACUCGCACGGGAGUGCUGGGUUGGCUUGACAUGAUCGAAAGUAGUGGGGAUGGGGUGGAGCUGGCGUUGAAGAAGCGGCUUGUCGAGACUUGCGACAAGACCAAGAUCGAGGAAUGGAGUGGAGUGCAGUUGAGCGAUCUAUAG